UUUUGCUAUUUUCCUAUUUUCCAAUUUUGUGUUCUGAAAUUCGCAAUAAAUGCUUACUUACAUAGUCCUAUUUUGGGUUCCAAUCCACAAUUUCCUAUCUCCCAUUCAGGUUUGGUUUUUUGUCGUUUGGAAGCCAAUUUUAUUGUUGUUAAUGUCAUGUUGUACUGCUGUAACUUACAGCCAAGGAGUUAAUGGUGUAGUUUUGAAUCCCAUCAAUUUAAUGCACCAACACAAAACCCAAUUUACCUCAUAUAAGUUCGUACAUAUAACUGAACCUUCCUAUAUAGAACUGCAACAGAGGCACCUUCUUAACGGGAAAGGCAACAGCUGUGAAUUGUCCCCAGUAAUACUUCAACAUGUCAGAUGUACGCCCUCCUAACGAGCAUGUGAGUUACCCGGGGGACCAGCCCUGGCAUGUGCCAUUCCCAUCUCCACCUCGGACUCCCAAUCAUGAUCCCACUUCAUCUGGAAGUGAGGCUGACACUCAUGAUCCGCUUGACAAAAUCUCUGCCGUCAAGCACCACCUCCAAUAUAUGUCAAAGGCAACGGAUUGGUGGGAGAGUAAGUGCGAUAUUCAUGGCCAAGUUAUGGGAAACUUGGCCAACAAGUUGAACAAAGCAUACGCUGGAGAGGUGAAGCAAGCUCUUAAAGCAAAAAGUCGGAGCAAAGAGUUAGAGUCCUUGAAGUUGAAAUUGGAAGACACAAAGAAAAAUGCCCUCGAAACAUUCACACAAUCUGAAGAAUAUAACCAUGAAAUGGUUGAAUGUUUCAACAACGGCUUCGAAAUGUUCCGAGAUUAUGCUUCGGUCAUCUCACCAGACCACAAUUGGAGUGAAAUUGAUGUAGCUGGUGUCUGGCAGGUACUGAAUAUGGGUUCUGAUGGAAUGGCUCAUCAUAGCCUCGUGCAUGCAGCGAGAAGAAAGGACAAAGACAAGGAUCUUUUGAUGGACCUGUAG